CUCUUUUUUGUCCCGUGUCGACAACAACAGAUAGCUCAAGCCCACGGCAUCAAAAUUGCCACUCUUUUUCGGUUAAAUAGGGCAUUUAAAUCAAAGCUGACGCCAAGAACUAAGAUCAUAAUCAUGCUCGGUCUUGCUGCCAUUCUAUGUUUCAUCUUGCCCGCCUUUGUGUUUGGAGCAGAUAAACCAAAAGGACCAAAAGUUACAGACAAGGUUUAUUUUGACAUUAAAAUUGGUGGAGAAGAUGUAGGACGUAUAGUUAUAGGCUUAUUUGGAAAAACAGUACCUAAAACAGUUGAUAAUUUCAAGAAAUUAGCUGAAGGCUUUGAAAAAGAUGGUGAGACUCUAACUUACAAAGGAAGUAAAUUCCACAGAGUUAUUAAAGAUUUUAUGAUUCAAGGGGGAGAUUUUACUAGAGGAGAUGGAACUGGAGGUAAAAGCAUUUAUGGUGAAAAGUUUGCUGAUGAGAACUUUAAACUGAAACAUUAUGGAUCUGGAUGGUUAUCUAUGGCUAAUGCUGGCAAAGAUACAAAUGGAUCUCAGUUUUUCUUAACAACGAAAAAGACCUCAUGGUUAGAUGGUAAACAUGUUGUCUUUGGUAAAGUAUUAGAAGGAAUGAAAGUAGUAAGAAAAAUAGAAAACACAAAAACAAGUAGUAGAGAUAAACCAGAAAAAGAUGUAGAAAUAGCAGAUUCUGGUAGUAUUAAAGUAGAUGAAGCAUUUUCUGUAGAGAAAAAAGAUUCAGAAGAAUAAACAAAUAAAAAAAAAUUGUCUUAUUUUUUAUUGAUUUGUAUUUAAAUGUAAAUAUGUGUUCAAAAUACAUGUAUCCCUAUAAUCAAUUUAGAGAAAAAUCAUUUAAAAAU